AUGGCCAGUCCUGGAACACGCUUCAUUUCAUCAAGACUAGUAAAAAUCAUCAAGUACUCAGUUCUAUUGAUGGUCAUGAUCAUAUUUGUCUCCAUCAAUCUUUAUGUACAUAAUACUUUGUCGGCAAAAAUUUCCAGUAACCUUGAUUUGGAGACGAUUAGACUAAACAUUUUUAGCAGUUGUCCAAACCGAUUAAAGAUAACACAAGAUGGAAUAGUUUUCUUCAAGUUUAUUGCAAUUCGACCAAAGCUUGGACACGCCAGGGUUCUCGAAGCCUACUUAGAAAAACCCAGGGCAAAAGAUGAAUUGUUUGUUCUCUCGAAGGGUUUCUUCACGCUUUAUUGUCAUGGGGAUGUGGACGAGGUUAACGGAAAACUAUAUAAAACAGACAUGGAUUACACUCUUAUCAAAUGGAAAAAGUCCUUUGAAGUUGCAGAUCCUCGGCAAUUUUCACGUAUUGGAGUGCACCAGUCUUUUCAAGCUGGUCAUUACCUGGCGAUCGAAAGGAAUGAAUUUGCUAAUGUUUAUUGGACUAUUGUCGAUCUGUUGGACGUUUUUAUCACAUCGCAAAGUUUGGGCAUAAAACCUGACAAGCUUAAAAUUAUUCUGAUAGAUGCCCAUCCAAAGACCUCAUUGGACCCUCUUUGGACAUUUUUGUUCCAAAGAAUCAUAAAGCUCACCGAUCCUAUUUUUAUAGAGUCAAAUGGAGUUGUGUUCGAAAAUCUUCUUUGGAGAUAUCCGCGUGCGAGGUCUCCUUUAUUGGACAAGAGUCGCAAUUCCCUGAAAUACAUUCAACCUUUUAGGUCUUUUGUGUUAAGAAGAUUUUACAUCUUGUCUGGAACACAUUUGCGAAAAUGUAGUCAAAAAAAGUUAAAUAUCCUUUUCAUCUUGAGGAGAGACUACAAGAACCAUCCAAGGAAUCUAGCUGGAAUUAUAGAUAGGAAAAUCGCCAAUGAGGAAGAUGUCUUAAAGGAAAUUAAGGACAGCUUCCCUGCUGCAGACAUUACUCCUGUGCAGUUGGAUCUUUUACCAUUAAAAGCACAGCUGAAAAUAGUUGCCAAAACAGACAUUUUGUUUGGAAUGCACGGUGCAGCUCAUGCCUUUUCUAUAUUUAUGCCACCGGGUGGAGCUGUUGUUGAAAUGUUCAAUGAUAAUCGCAAAACCUAUAACUGGCAUAUGAACAAAAUAGCUACUCUUUCAGGUCAUUCCUACAUCAAAUGGGGAAACACAGAUAAGGGGGCAGUUGAUAAACUUAGAAAAUCGAUCACAAUUCCUGGUGGAGUGUCAUCCAGGUUGCUAAGAAUGGCAAUUGAUAGCAUUUGUUCCAGUAGU